AAAAAGAAGAAGAAGAAGAAGUUGUGUCGACGUGUAGCCAAAUCAUCCCGGUGUGUGUUCAGGUCAUUUUCUCCAGCAAGUGUUUUCCUCAUUUUUCCUCAAACUUUCGUGCAAUAGAGCAGUGAAAAAUGCCAGCUUCUGCGAGUUCAACUUCCGUUGGGGCUGGAAGUAGAUCCCCAACAAAACCCUCCGCGGCUCCAAGGAGUGCCACAAGCGGAGGGCUGAAGCAGCGGAAGACCACCUCAUCAUCCUCCACAUCAGGCAGGACUCGUGCUCCCGGAGGUGGAAGUGGUGGCAUGUGGCGUUUCUACACGGAUGACUCUCCCGGAAUCAAAGUUGGCCCUGUCCCGGUUCUUGUAAUGUCCCUCCUGUUCAUUGCUUCGGUAUUCAUGUUGCACAUUUGGGGAAAGUACACGCGGGCGUAGAUCAGUGAAAGGUGGACUAUGGAGGAAGAGAGAUGUGUAAAAGACAGGAAGAAGGCAUUUUUUGCCACAUCAACAGUGGCUACGGAGACUCAACAAAAUAAAGAAAACAAAAAGUACCAACAUUUCCAAUUCAUCGAGCAUGAGGGAUUCAUCUCAUUUUAAUCAUCGCCAGAGGCAUCUUAAUCUCCAGAUUUUGCGUUUUCCAUGGGAUUAUAAAGAGAUAUAAAUUAAAAAUAAUAAAAAAAAAUCCAUCCGGAUCACAAAAAGGAUGGUCAAGAAUAUAUAUAAA